GACGGUAACGCACCUCGCAUGUACAUUUCCGCAUCUACCUGACCUAACACUUGACACUCUGUUGGGCAUGGCUUCAAGACUUAUGCACAGAUAGACGCGGGGUUGAGGGAUAAACGGGCUAUUUCCUGGAGAGCGAUUACGUCGUGCGUACAAGAUACCACCAUGACAGUGUGAUAUCCUGGCAGUGCACGGCACGAGAUUAGGAUGGGCAUCGGGGGUUGUAGGCGGGGAACUAUGCAGAAAAUAACGCACGCGCGCGCAGAAUGACAAUGCCUGCCAAACUGUUGUUGAUCCGCAAUGGUGAUCAGUAUGCGGAAGGGUGGAAGGAGGGUGUGACAAUGAUGUGCAAGGUUCAUAUAGUGAGCAACAUCAGGGCAGUUGGUGUCAGCAAUGCUGGGUAUUGCGGUAUCAGAGAUGGGAUGAAAGGCACCUGUGUGAGUGAAGGAGUUUUGAGUAAUUCAAAAGCCAAUGUCAUUUCCUUUGCGCUUUUCCAGCUCCGCCACAUGAACACCGUGGUAUUAGUCAUGUGGAUCGUUGCACUCAUGCACGCUAUCACUUUCUCCAAAGACUCAUUAAGAGUUAUGUUUUAA